GCAGCAGCAGCAGCAGCAGUCUCAGCCUCAUGCUUCAUCCUGGGCACUUCUCCUCCUCCUGUCCGCUGUCGAGAAUAUUGUGACAAUAUUUUAUUUUUUAUUUUUAACCAAAAGAUACACAAAUAAAGAAAGGAAAGGAGAGGAGGGGGAGAAGGGGAGGGCGCCGAGUCAUGGAGCUUUAUUGCCUGGAGUCGGACAUAGCCGUGAGAGCCCAGCCUGACCCAAACAUCCUCUAUGAUGACAGAGUGCUGCAAAGUUUAUUAACCAUUGAGGACAGGUUUUUACCUCAGUGCUCGUAUUUCCAGCGGUUCCAGAAGGAUAUUCAACCUUAUAUGAGACGAAUGGUUGCAGGUUGGAUGCACGAGGUCUGUGAAGAGGAGAAGAGUAAUGAAGACGUCUUCCCUUUAGCCAUAAAUUAUUUGGACAGAUUUUUAGCCGUGGUGGUCACAAGAAAGAAUUAUCUGCAGCUUCUGGGAGCUGUGUGCAUUUUUCUGGCUUCAAAGUUAAAGGACUGCAGGCCGCUAUCAGCAGAAAAACUCUGCAUGUACACAGACAACUGCAUCACGCCACGGGAACUGCUGGACUGGGAACUGGUCGUGCUGGGGAAGUUGAAGUGGAACAUGGCCUCGGUCAUCCCCAAUGAUUUUAUAGAGCACAUCAUACGCAGGCUGCCCCUUCCCAAAGACAAGCUGGCGAUGGUCCUAAAGCACACUCAGACGUUCAUCGCCCUCUGUGCCACAGAUGACCGCCUUGCCAUGAACCCUCCUUCCAUGAUCGCCACGGGCAGCAUGGGAGCUGCCGUCUGCGGCCUGGAGCUGGACCACACCGACCAGAGGCUGAGUCGAGAUAACCUGACGGACCUGCUCGCCAAGAUCACCAACACAGAGGUGGACUGUUUGAGGGCCUGCCAGGAGCAAAUCGAGCGCGUGCUGGCCACCAGCCUGCAGCAGGGCCAGCAGUGCCGGCAGGAGUCCACAGUCCGGGCAGGCAAAAAGGCGAGGGAGCAGCAAGACCAGUCCAGCACCCCCACAGACGUACGGGACGUCAACUUAUGAGUCCAUGCGGCGGCUCAUCACGCACACACACACACACACACAGACACACACACACACACACACCACUCAUGCCUGUCGACCAAUGGACUGAGAAGAUUCGAGUAGGGGGGGGGCGUGGGCUGCCAGUAUCAGGAUGCCAAAUGAGUGAUGGUGUGACCAUUUAUGAACUUUUAGAAUAUAAGAAAUUUCUAGUUUUUCUCCUUUUUUUUUUAACCCCAUUCAUUCAUGGCUGGGUGUACUUUUCAUUUAAUCCAACAAGCUAUUUAAAAAAAAAAAAACUUGAUAGUGCCUAAGGUCUCCCGGAACGGAAGCCUGAAUAUAUUUUCAUACUUGAAAAAAAAAAAAGAAUAAUUAUAUGAAAUAUGCAUAUUUCUUUUGAUACAACCUAGUAUAAAUAAAUAUAAUAAAUUUAGCUAGCAUUUAGUUAUAUUACUCUUUUAUCAUCUUUUAGCCAGCAGUUAUCAAUUCACAGGUCGAUUUGAGGUUUCAUCCUCGGGUCUGACUCCGACUCGUUCGUGCAGGAAGCUUCCUCUCGCAGUGAUUUCAAAAGUGAGCGAUGCAGUACACGGCAUUUCAACUGAGCUGACAUCCAAACAAAGGAGCGCUACAGUAGCUAGCUGCCCGCUCUGUUUUAAUCAUACUGUGCACCUGUAGCACCGCUUCCUAUUUAUGCUGAAAAGUCGAGGCCAGGAGUGGGCUGGGCCUGCUCACACGGGACGGGCUUGAGGGGCUUCGAGGCUACUGUUAGCAACAUACGCUAAACACAGAAGACUUCAUUAAAGUCUGGAUCUCACUGCUAAAUCCGCCGUUUGUUAACAGGAUCACAUGUACAUGUAUUAUAAUUCAGAUAGGCUUACGUUAUUAUUGUUCUGUUCUCGCUCUGGUUUGUUCCAGAGCAGUUUGCCGAGAAGUUUCUGAUGUCAUGUUAGUGGAAGAAAAGGAUUUGUACGUUGUUGUUUUUUUUUUUUUUUACCAGGUUUGAGAGGAAAAUGAACGCAGUUUGAAGGUUUUUUUUUUUUUGGGAGUGUUUUAAAGGAAAAGAUGAGCAUGUUGAAGCGGGAUAAGUCUGGAUAGCGUGUUUGAUAACGACACAGAGAUGGACGAUAACUUAAGCUAUAUAACGUUUCUGCGGUUGCACGAUACUUGAGUGACACACAGGAGGAGGAGGAGGAGGAGGAAUAAUCCCAGAUAAAGUCUGGGGUAUCAGUUUGAGGUCUGCUGCAGUUUCUCCUGUUAUCAAUUUUACUUUUUUUUUUUUUUUUUUUUGAGAGAGCAGGCGACUUGGAACAAAAUCGAUGCACUUUUAAAAACACACUCCUUAAAAUGGGUAAGGGGAUGGUGGUUGAGGAGAGUUCAGUGGGUUGUUAGGGUAAUUGUUUUAAUUUUUCCUUUUAAAUUAUUUGAUUUUUUUUCUUUUUUUUUUUUUUUUGGGCUGGAUUCCCAUGGGGUUACGCACGUUGUCUUGAAAGCUACGCCCCGAUAGCUGAGUAGACGUAGGAUAAUCGGUGUAAUAGUAUAUAUACUAAGAAAAGCCAAGUCACUUAUAGACUUAGAUUACUUUUUUUUCUUUUUUUGGAUUCAGUGCGAUUAUUUAACCUUGAACUUGAAUUUAAUUUUUUUUCUUCUUCGCCAAAACCUUCCAAUAGUUCUUUAAAGAGUUCCAACACAUUCUGUCUCCUGAAUAUCCUUUCUCCUUGUUUUGCUCCUUUUUUUUGAUGUAAUCUGCUCUCUGAUCUGAAGUUUGAGGAGUCUUCUCCGUCGUAUUCUUAUCGUAAGGUUUUUCGGGUUUACAUUUUGGGAAAGUGUGACUGUAUAUAGCCAAAUUUCCUCCAGACGCAGAAGUGCUACAAAUCCUCUUCACAUGUGAACAGAAAUGUCGUUUCUAAAUCGUUUCUGUGCAUGUUCUGUUUGUGCAAAAGCCAAAUGUUUUUCACACCCCCCCCCCCAAAAAAAAAAAGAUGCUUUAACCAGAAAACAAGUUUCUGCUUUUUAAGGGUUUGUGUGUAAUUCAAAAGAAAUAAUUCCAAAGUGAGAAAACUAGAUUAUACACAUCAGUCUGUUGCUGCUAUGAAGCUUUUUCUUUUCUAGUCUUACACAAAGAUGCCUUAUUGUGAUUCACUUGUGUGCUGCUAUAUUAUGAAAUGUUGGAUAUGUAACGAGUCUUUUUUUUUUUUUUUUUUGCUUCUCUGUUGUUUGUGUACUGGAGGGAACGUCACAGUUUGGUGCGGGACUGGAAGUACUUUUGUUUAUUGAUCUUUUUUUGAUUAGCAUGUUUUACCCUUUUUUUUUUUGUCUCAUUUGUAUCUUUAUAAUCUAUCAUAUUCUUGCUGCUUCUUUAUGUUUGUGUACCUCAGGUUUAAUUUGGAUGGAUAGAGCGAGAGCCCAACUCGCAUUACCUCAUCAAAACUUCACACCGCACACACACACACAUUUUGUUUUCACUCUGAAUUUGUUGGACGGGUUUCACUUUUUUUUUUUUUUUUUUUUUCUGUCUGGAUGAGAGGAAAGACGGUGCUUCUUCUUCUCUAUAAAUCAAAACAAUGUCUUCCACUGUGCAUUCAUAAGUGCCUUGACUUUAAGAAUAGGUUAUUUCAUAUAUGUAAGUCAAAAAGAAGCCUGUGCUGUACGUUACACACGUAUCGGAAAGACAAAAAAAAAUAGUUUUUUUUUUUCUCUUCUUGGGAGUUUCAUCAGCAUGUUUCGAUCAGUUCAUUGGAGUAAAAUGAAAUGUUUGAUUUUGAGGUACCCAUUUGGUCGACUUUUUAAACCACAAGAAUGUUUUUGUCAUUGUUCAGUGUGGUUGUUAUUCUAAACUCCUCUCCCACUAUCCCCAUCUGCAACCACACAGCGUACCUCAAAUAUUUCAUCAAUAAAAUUGGCCAAAAUCA